UUUACGUUAUCAUCUACUACAUCCUGACUACUUGUAUUAUCGAAUAAGGGAGUUGCAAAAGGUUUUCAAGCUUCGUGUCAUUUUGUGUCAUAUUGAUGUGGAAGAUGUAACUAAGCCAUUGUUGGAAGUCACAAGGACUGCAAUGUUUCAUGAUUGCACCCUUUUAUGUGGUUGGAGCUUGGAAGAAUGUGGUCGGUACUUGGAGACUAUAAAAGUAUAUGAAAACAAACCUGCAGAUAGUAUUCGUGAACAAAUCGAUACAGACUAUUUAUCACGGCUGACCCGUGCACUUACAGCAGUUCGACAUGUUAACAAGACAGACGUAGUUACUCUUGGCUCCACUUUUACGUCACUUGCAGGUAUAAUGGACGCGUCCAUGGAAGAUUUAGCUCGGUGCCCGGGUAUCGGCGAGCGCAAGGUGAAGCGCCUUUAUGAUACAUUUCAUGAACCAUUCCGAAGGGUUUCUAAUCGACCGUCCACUGUUACGAUCGCUGAAGCUUUUAGCAAAGGUAAAAAUGAAGCGAAGGAGGCUCUGAAGGAUGAUGGGGAAAAGACAGAAAUCGAGGAAGGGAAGUCUGUGGCUUCUAAGGCUGAAAAAGAGAGUAGCAGCAAUAAUGUUCGUUCAGCUUUAGAUGCUGCUUUUGCUAAAUAUGCAGAGAGAGCUGGGAAGCGUGAUAGGAAAGGAAACCCAGUUAGAAAAGAAAAUGGGUAAUGGUGGUGAUAGCAGCAAGUCUUUAACUGAUGCAGCAAAUUGAGGAUAGUUUACUGAAUAUCUAGAGAGAUUAUUAUGUGCGGUGUCUGGACCGUCUGGAGGCGAAUUCAGACUUGCCACAUGUGUGGCACAUUCGGAUUUACCUCUUGAUGAAUCCGGAUGUAAUAAUCUACCAAAACUGUAUUAUAUGUUAAAAAUAUUAAUCCUUGAUGACGGUUGUUGAAGGCCGGUGGAAUGGAUUUAUUUUGUUCAACUUCACAUGA